GACUUGUGUGUGUUAUUAUCAUGUACAGUCCCUAACAUCAUGGCUGUGGUCUGCAGAUGUGUGUCUGAUGUGUAAACACUGUGAGGUGACUGACACCCUGCGGUGGACCAGCUGACUGUUAGCAGUUAGCCACUUAGCUUCUCUCCCUGUGUUUUGUUUGAUUGCUGUUAGCAGCGAGAUGGCGGCUUCCAUCCCGGCGCACAGACGCUCUGCUUUGCAUCUUUAACAGCGGCUCUCGGUCCCCACGGUGCCCCCUCACACUGAUGCAUGGAGCGGCCGUGUGGCGCUUUCUCCCGCAGCUGGAUGUGUGAUUCUGCUGGUUUCUGUUAGCCAGAGCAGCUCCCGGCGGUUCGCUACCGACACUGCUCAGCGUUCACCGGGCAGGCUGCUGCAGUCUCUGGGCUAGCUAAACACACAGGUCCCUUUUAGACCCCCAAACUAGUCCCUGUUAAAGCCACAGACUGGUCUCUGUUAGAGCCACAGACUGGAUCACCAGAGGAGGAGGUUAAUUCACUCUGUUAAAUAAAACAGACGGAAUCUGUGAUCCCGUCUGAAAAAAAGCUAGCUAGCUAGCUUCAGUUGGCUAGUUAGCCUCAGGAGCUAGUUAGCAGGCCGAUGCUAAUCCUGAGCAGCUGUUAGCAAACCGGAGACUUGUAUUUUUUCGACUUAAUUUGGAUUUUUUUCACCCCAUCACUGAGGACCGGGAGAGGAGCACCCUGACAGCAUCGUCAUGGCUUCCGAACCUGCGGUGGUGCAGCCCCGCUGGAAGCGCGUCCUGGGCUGGACCGGCCCGGUCCCACGGCCCCGGCACGGGCACCGAGCCGUGGCUAUCAAGGAGCUAAUGGUGGUUUUCGGCGGAGGGAACGAGGGGAUCGUGGAUGAGCUGCACGUUUAUAACACCGCCACCAACCAGUGGUUCAUCCCUGCAGUGCGAGGCGACGUCCCCCCUGGAUGUGCCGCCUACGGCUUCGCAUGUGACGGGACAAGGCUGCUGGUGUUUGGAGGGAUGGUCGAAUAUGGAAAAUACAGCAGUGACCUGUACGAGCUGCAGGCGAGUCGUUGGGAGUGGAAACAUCUAAAGGCCAAGGCUCCAAAGAAUGGGCCGCCCCCCUGCCCCCGCCUCGGACACAGCUUCUCUCUGAUUGGCAGUUGCUGCUACCUGUUUGGAGGACUGGCCAAUGACAGUGAAGACCCCAAGAACAACAUCCCCAGGUAUCUGAACGACCUGUACCGUCUGGAGCUGCGACCGAUCUCCAGCGUGGUCGGCUGGGAGAUCCCGACAACUUCAGGUCCGCCGCCGCCACCUAGAGAGAGUCACACGGCUGUGGUGGCGAAUGGUCGCAACGGCAACAGACUCAUCAUCUACGGAGGGAUGAGCGGCUGCAGACUGGGAGACCUGUGGGUGCUCCACACAGAUUCUCUGACGUGGAGUAAACCGGCCCUAAAUGGAACCGCCCCCCUCCCCCGCAGCCUGCACUCUGCCACCACCAUCAACAACAAGAUGUAUGUGUUUGGAGGUUGGAUUCCUCUGGUGAUGGAUGAUGUCAAAGUGGCAACUCAUGAGAAGGAGUGGAAGUGUACCAACACACUGGCCUGUCUCAACCUGGACUCGAUGUGUUGGGAGACGGUCCUGAUGGACAGUCUGGAGGAGAACGUCCCCAGAGCUCGAGCAGGUCACUGCAGCGUGGCCAUCAACUCAAGACUCUACAUCUGGAGCGGCAGAGAUGGAUACAGGAAGGCCUGGAACAACCAGGUGUGCUGCAAGGACCUCUGGUACCUGGAGACAGAGCGUCCCUGCGCUCCCUCCCGGGUGCAGCUGGUCCGAGCCAACACCACGUCUCUUGAGGUGAGCUGGGGUCCAUCACAGACAGCUGAGACUUACCUGCUGCAGGUGCAGAAGUACGACAUCGGCUCACCUGCCUCUAGCCCCGCCCCCAACCCCAUCCCCACUGCCACACCUGCGACCAGCUCCCCCAAGACCCCUGCCCCCAUCACCAUGCCACCAGCUAACCAAACUGUCCCGCUGUCUGGCAUCACGCUGGUUCCCUCCCCCACUGCCUCCGUACCUGGAAGCCCAUUGGCUGCCACUGCCAAAUCACCAGCUGUCCUGAGGAUGGCAGCAGCUCCAGGUGCAGCAGGCGGACCCUCCAUUGUCACAGUGAGACAGGCUGCGCCAAAGUCUCCGGUCACCGUGACGACACUUCCUGCAGGUGUUCGUAUGGUCGUACCCGCUCAGGCUGGUCAGGGGACGCCAACAGGAAGCAGUCCUCAGAUGAGUGGUAUGGCUGCACUGGCGGCGGCGGCUGCAGCGACCCAAAAGAUCCCUCCAUCCACAGCAACGGUGCUCAACGUCCCCGCUGGAGCAACUGUUGUAAAGACGGUGAGUAACCCGGCCACUAGAAUGCUGAAGACUGCUGCUGCUCAGGUGGGCGGAGUCCCUGUAGUCUCCACCCCCGGGACCCCUGGCCGACCAAUCAUCACAGUGCACAAGUCGGGCACGGUGACGGUGUCCCAGCAGGCUCAGGUGGUCACCACAGUGGUGGGCGGAGUCACAAAGACCAUCACACUCGUUAACAGUCCUCUCAGUGUGGGAGGAGGCGGGGCUCUGAUCGGUAACCUUGGUAACCUGGGGAAGAUGAUGUCCGUGGUUCAGACCAAACCAGUUCAGAGUGGAGCAGCUACUGGUCAGACUGUGGGCAACCCAGUCACCCAGAUCCUCCAGGCGAAGGCCGGCCUCCCAGCAGGGACCAUCCUGAAGCUGGUGACCUCAGCAGACGGUAAACAAACCACCAUUCUCAGCACCGCCCAGGCUGGUGUCGCCCCGGCAACCUCCAAACCUGGGACUACCUACAUUAAGACCAUCCCAGUGUCAGCACUGCAGGGUGGGGCAGGUGCCAACAGUCCAAUCACAAUCCUGACCACCAAAAUGGUGACACCAGGUACUGCUGGGACGAUCAUCACCACUGUCCCCAAGAUCUCUGCAGGCGGCCAGCAGGGGCUCACACAGGUGGUGCUAAAAGGAGCUCCGGGGACGCCUGGUUCAAUCCUCAGGACCGUCCCAAUGGGCGGAGUCAGACUGGUGUCACCGGGAGUUGGCGGCGCCAAACCCACCGUCACCACACUGGUUGUCAAGGGAACCACAGGUAUGUCCAGUCAGGGGACAGUAACAGGAAGUAUCUCCACCACAGUGGCAGGAGGAGCUGUUUCAGCUGCUAAUGCCUCCCUGGCAACACCCAUCACAACCCUGGCAACCAUUGCCACGCUGGCCAGCCAGGUUACUACAGCAACUGCAGCAGCGGGACAUAAACAGGUGACUCUGAUCACGACUCCGAGUGGUGCCGAGGCUCAGCCGCUGGUCCAAGAUCUGCCCGUCACCUUCAUGGCUUCACCUACCUCAGAAGAACCUGGAAGUACGACAAGUACUACUACAACUGCUACUGCGGCGGCAACCAUGGGCGGCAGUGAUAGAGUGUGCUCCAACCCGCCCUGUGAGACCCACGACACGGGAACCACCAACACCGCCACAGUCGCCACAGCAACCAUGGGUGGCAACGACAGAGUGUGCUCCAACCCGCCCUGUGAGACCCACGACACAGGAACCACCAACACCGCCACCGUCGCCUCGGCAACCAUGGGUGGCAACGACAGAGUGUGCUCCAACCCGCCCUGUGAGACCCACGACACAGGAACCACCAACACCGCCACCACAGCUGGAGCGGGAGGACUUCGUCAGGUGUGUUCAAAUCCUCCGUGUGAGACCCAUGAAACAGGAACCACCAACACCGCCACCACAGCGACAGCUCAGCAGGGUGGAGACGGUCUGCAGGGAGACGCCGCCUCCUCCUCAUCUGACCCCACCUCCUCCAUGUCCGACACUGCCUCCUCCACCACAGCCAGUCAGAGCAGAGCUGUUACCACGGUUACACAGGCCACACCCACCCCUGGCCCAUCUAUACCUGAGAUCUCCUCAUUGGUCAGGGCAGAGUCCUCUGAUGCUGUUGCCAUGGCGACAGCAGCAGCAGCAGAGGAGGGGGAGGAGCCUAUGCAGAUGGCGGUCCCAGUGUUACAGGUUCACAUGGAGGGCAGCGCAGCAGCAGCACAGACGGACGGUCUCCCUCAGGAGCUGAUGUCAUCAGAAGGGGAUGGAGGUGAGGAGGUCUCCGGGGCUACGACCCUGAUGGUGACAGGACUGACCUCCGAUCAGCUGGCUGUUACCACGGCAACAGAGGAGGCAGUUCAGCAGGCGACCAUACGGGCGGUCCUGCAGGCAGCAGCACAGAUGGGAGGGGGGGCGGUGGAUCAGUCCAUCCCCAUCGUUCUGACCCAGCAGGAGCUGGCAGCUCUGGUCCAGCAGCAGCAGGACAUCCACAACCAUCCAGAGUCAGAGCCAGCGGAGCAGAGCAGCGUGCCUACAGAGGGCCUUGCUCCAGCAGACAGCCUGAAUGACCCGUCAGCAGAGAGUACCCAGCUGACAUCAUCAGCAGUGACCAGCGCCGUAGCUCGAUUGGCCAGUACGUUUGGACCCGCCCCGCCUCUGACUUCAGGGGGCGUUAUCAAGAUUGAACCUACGGCCUCCGAGGUGACCAAUGGUGUUGCAGCAGCCGCAGGGAAGCAGAAGGUGACAUCAUCGGCGAAAGAAAGUCGCUGGUAUGACGUCGGCAUCGUCAAGGUUACCAACAUGGUGGUCACACAUUACUACGUCCCCUACGAUGACAACAUGGCCGACGAUGACUCAGGUGUGGUCCCAGACUACAGUCAGAUGAGGAAGGUGGAGCUGCAGCCGGGGACAGCGUAUAAGUUCCGUGUCGCAGGGAUCAAUAUCUGCGGCCGCGGAGCGUUUUCCGAGGUGUCGGCCUUCAAAACGUGUCUUCCUGGUUUCCCUGGAGCGCCGUGCGCCAUCAAGAUCAGCAAGAACCUGGACGGGGCCCAGCUGACCUGGGAGCCUCCUGCAGUCACGUCAGGGAGGAUCACGGAGUACUCGGUGUACCUGGCCAUCCAGUCCAGCCAGGCCACCUCCUCCGGCUCAGGUGCGGCCCAGCUGGCCUUCAUGAGGGUGUACUGCGGCCCCACCCCGUCCUGCCUGGUCCAGUCCACUAGCCUCGCCAACGCCCACAUCGACUACACCACCAAGCCCGCCAUCAUCUUCCGCAUCGCUGCUCGCAAUCAGAAGGGUUACGGGCCGGCCACGCAGGUCCGAUGGCUCCAAGACAGCAGUAAAGACAACAAACCAGCUGUAAAGAGACCGGGAGCCUCGCCUGACGUAAAACCUGUCGGGCCAAAGAAGUUCAAAACUGACCAAUAGGAGGAGCCGCCGUUCUGCUGGGGACUGUGAUUGGUUAACGUUGUCUGAAGCCCCGCCCUGCAGCUGGUUCCUGUGACAUCGCGGAGGAGGGGGGCUCUGACUGCUUCAAAAUAAAAGACUUGUAGGAUAUUUGUACAUUUUCAACCAAUCGGAACUUGACGUUUUCGGUCGUCAUGGAGAAGGUGAGGGGCGGAGCCAACAGCUUUUCACCCAAUAAAGUUUGAAUUUAUUAAAAGUAGUUAUAGCUGUCCGUCUGUCUUAGAUCCCACCCCCGUGAUGUCAUGAUAAGGUCAUGUGGUGUCAGUGGGCGGAGUCUCUGCAGAGGGGCGUGGUUAAAACCAGCUCUGUUGUAAAUUAUUUUCUUUCUGUAGCAUCAAAAAAUAUUUAGUUUAUCAUUUUUUUUUAUAAAUGUCUGCAAGAAAAGUGUUAUUAUUUCUUCUUCUGUGGUUUCUGUUUCUUCAUCUGUUGAUCGAGAGCUGGUUGGCCGCAAUGACGGAGCUCACCCAUUGGUCAGUUUGUCUGAGCAGGAAGUCAAACCUGUCGUUUGUGAAUAUUCUCUGGAACAAUAAAGAUUUUUAGAGCAUUUUUUUUACCGGCCACAUGGAGUCCACUUCCUGUCAGUGAUCAGAUGUCAUGACAAAAGACUCUGUUUCCUGUUUCUGUUCAGGUGUUUACAUGUAGACACUACCUCAGCUGUGUGUUGAUGGCGGAGUCCGCCGCUCAGUCUGGAUCAUCUGA